ACACACACACACACAGUGUGAGCGCUUGGCUCUCGCACUCCAGUGAGGCAGCGUCGGAGGCAGCGGCGGCAGCCAAGUAACGGGAACCACUGCUGCACUCUGAUCUCCCUCCCCGGCUCGCUCCCCUUUGGGAAUUGGCCAUUAUUAUAAUUUGCUGUCCUUUUAUUUUCGUCAAGUGUUCGGUCUGUUUCCUGAUAUUUUAUUUUGAUGAAAGUAGAUCGUCAGGGAGUGGAAGUGUUUGCUUUUCUUCGUUGGGGGACACACAUCAAAAAAAAUAUAAAAGGUAUUUCACUGGUCAAGUCGGCAAGUGCAAACUUGUGGCGAUGGCGAGAGUGAGAAAGAGCAGCGUGUUGGGCGGCGGGUUACUCUUGCUGGUAACCUUGGCCAACCUGCCGCACCUCAGCCGGGGCCAGGAUCGCCGAGCGACAGACGUCGGAGCAUUCUAUGCACUUAGUCAGAAGCUAUCUUCUGAUAUCUUUGUAGAUGUCAAAACCUACCAUCACCGAUUGAAGCGACAGCAGCCGAAAUCAGUGGAUACAAACAGAGCAAGCCUAGAGCAGGACUUCACUGAUCCAACGAAAAUCUUUGAUAUUCAACCAUCUGUGGACAAUACCAAUGAUACAAAAAUUGAGGAAAAUACAGACCAUAAUUACUAUACAUCAAGAACUUUUGGGCCAGGAGAUGCUGCAAUGAAGGAACUAUGGGUAAACAUGGAGCAAAUGGAUAAAGAUAAAGUGAAAAUUCAUGGGAUCCUAUCAAACACCCACCGACAAGCUGCAAGGGUGAAUUUGUCAUUUGAUUUCCCAUUUUAUGGCCAUUUUCUGAGAGAGAUUACUGUAGCCACUGGUGGUUUUAUCUACACAGGCGAAGUUGUACACCGCAUGUUAACAGCCACUCAGUAUAUUGCGCCACUGAUGGCCAACUUUGACCCAAGUGUAUCCAGGAAUUCAACUGUAAGAUACUUUGACAAUGGUACUGCUCUGGUAGUGCAGUGGGACAAUGUUCAUCUGCAGGAUAACUACGAUUUAGGAAGCUUCACCUUCCAGGCCACCCUACACAAUGAUGGACGAAUUGUCUUUGGUUACAAAGAGAUACCUGUCUCUGUGACGCAGAUAAACUCUGCAAAUCAUCCAGUCAAAGUGGGACUCUCAGAUGCAUUUGUGGUUGUCCACAAGAUCCAGCAGAUUCCUAAUGUUCGCAGAAGAACAAUUUAUGAAUACCACCGAGUUGAACUUAAGAUGUCAAAGGUCACCAAUAUGUCUGCAAUUGAAAUUAUUCCACUUGCCACUUGCCUCCAGUUGAGAAGCUGCUUUGCCUGUGUCAAUGCACAGAUUGGGUUUAACUGCACCUGGUGUGACAAGUUACAAAGGUGUUCCAAUGGAUUCGAUCGUCAUCGACAGGAUUGGGUGGAUAAUGGCUGUCCUGAUGAGUCUAAUGAUAAGACCUGUGACAUCUCGCCUGGGGAAAUGACUCAAUCUUCUUCAGCUACGACAACAACGUCAACUACAAAACCCAGAACCUCAAGCACUACAUCCACAACUGUAAUCACAUCUCGCCUUCCGACUUCCAUCUUAACCACAGAAGAUGAUACAAAGAUUGCUCUGCAUCUGAGAGACAAUGGAGCUUCUACGGCAGACAGCACUGCAGAGAAGAAAGGAGACUCAGUCCACACGGGCUUAAUUGUGGGGAUCCUGCUGGUGAUCAUCAUUGCUAUAGCAGCGGUCCUCGUGACGGUUUACAUGUACCAUCAUCCAACAUCAGCGCCAAGUCUCUUCUUUAUUGAGCGUCGCCCCAGUAGAUGGCCUGCAAUGAAGUUCAGACGUGGCUCUGGGCAUCCAGCUUAUGCUGAAGUGGAACCCAUUGGGCAAGAAAAAGAAGGUUUUAUUGUAUCUGAACAGUGCUGAAACUGAGAAACGAACAGUGCACCAGUGCUGGCCUAUGGAUGUGGGGUUAUGCUUUGAGGUGGAUAAAGAAAUGAGCUAAAGCCCACUAUCCACAAUAAUAACUACUUAAGGAUCAGUUCAAAGUAAGAAAGACAAACAUUUUCAUCUACAAAAUCAUCACUCCAUAGUCUUCCUUAGUAACCCUGCAGACUUCACCAGAGUUUCUAAAGAAUGACAUAGCAUUCCUAUUUGGCAAUUGUGGAACUGGAUGAGCAUUAGUGACACAAACAAACUGCAAACACGAAGAAUGAAAUUCACUCCAUCUUUACUUGUUCAAGUAAACCCCAACAAAUUACUUCCAUGGAAAAGGAAAACAAUUUCACUUAUCCAUGUUGCAAAUUUAGCUACAAGCAUGUGUUUAACCAAUCAUCAAUCAGAAAAAGUCAUGAAUAGAGUCACUGACUUCAGCAUUUAUUGUGAUUCGUAAAAUGUAUGUACAUUAAGAAUGGACUGAUAUCAGGUGGUGGCAAUGUGGUUAAUGUGUGCAUUUUCUUCAUGAUAUUUUCUAAUGGAUUAGUUGGUUUCAGUAUCAAUCACUAUUCUUGGAUUUCUUUUCCUGUAGAUGAAAUGAUGUUCAAUGUGUGGAAUGUUGUGUCCCAUUCACAGAAUUCAGCUGGAAAAGGGUUGGGAGAUAAUUUAGACAGAAUGAUACAUUUAACAUUUUGCAAAAUGUAAAUCUAACAUUUUUUCUUGAAUUUAGUAUGUUUUCCGUAGUAACUUUAUACAUUUCUAAUGUACACUUAAGUUGUCGACAAUAUCAACAGUAUCUCCAAAGUAUUAUACACAACAAGUUAACACUGGUUUCAGAUUUCUAAGCAAUUUGUAAGAUUUGUGUUGCUUACUUUGCUCCAAAUGUGCAAUGUGUCAACUUUUGGCUGAAAUGGUAGUGAAACAGAUGAGAUUUAAGCAGCCUACAGGAAACCAAAUUCUGGGUAAUUUUGCACAUCCCACUGGUUCUGUUGUGUAGUGUAUGCAUUAGUUAAAUAGAUGAAUAUAUUUUGUUUCUUGAUAGUUUACACAAGACAGGUUCUUGUGCUCCAGAUUGUGAAAAAAAUAUUAUAGUGUAUUUUGUUUUCCAUCCUGAAGAAGAGUGUAACAUGAACUACCCUCUACUUAAAAUGGAGUUUGAAAUGAAGUUUGAGAUUAGAGAGCUGUUUCAUUGACAACAAAGAAAAAUCACUUUUAACUGGCUUUACUGAAAAGGACUGUUUGCUUAUUUUGGGGAUUUUUUUUGUGCUGUAAGAGUAGGCUGUCAUGAAUAUCUUCAGGUAAGUAUUCCUAAGUAAAAUCUUUAUUAAUAAACUUUUUUUCAUUCUUCCAAGUAAAGGCACCUGCAGUUAUUAAUGUAUUGAAACCAGCAGAUUCAGAUCUAAUUAUGGAUAAUUGAUUACGUUCAGCUUGCCAAUACCCCAAUGAAUAAACAAUAAACAUUUCCCUUCAAUUAAUAAGUGUUGUUAGUGAACCAAAAUGAAUUUAUUUUUCAAUAAACAUUUUAUGUAAAAGUAUAAGAUAGGGGAACCCUUGUUCAGUUGGAUUUGGUUUAGUACUAUCAUGGAAAACUACUCCAAAAUAUGCUUCUGAGGUUUAUAACAUUGGUAAACACAAAAGAUUCUGCAGAUGCUAGAAAUCUAGAACAACACACAAAAUGCUGGGUGAAGUCCUCCCCAGUCCCGAUGAAGGGUCUUGGCCUGAAAUGUCAACUAUUUAUUCCCCUCUGUAGAAUUUGCCUGACCUUCUGAGUAUCUCCAGCAUUCUGUGUGUUGCCCAUUAUCACAUUUACACCAUUAAAGAGGGUGGUGGGUUUAUUUUAAACAUUUUCUAAUGAGAAGAGCCCCUGGAAUGGAAAUAUUUGUAGUUGCAUGCUUAAUAGAUGAAGCAGAUUAUCACAAGCAAUUAAUUUUCAAAGUUCAAAGUAAAUUUAUUAUCAAAGUACAUAUAUGUUACCAUAUACAACCCUGAGAUUUACUUUGUUGUGGCAUUCAUAAUUUUGAUUCAAUAUUCAUUAGUUGCAAAGAUCUGUUGUCAAGCACCCUUUCUGAAUACAGCUAGUACAGGUUUGUAUCUAAUAUGACAACAAAUAACUGAAUGAACAUUUUAAUGGGUUAUGUACUUGCCUCAUGAGGAAAGGCUUUGGCUUUAAUGUGCGCACUGGGUGACAGAUCAAAAGGUCCAUUUUUACACAUAAAUUAGACGUCAACAAUGCAGAAAGUGUUUAAUUUGCACAGCUAAAGAUACACACGAUCAUGGCAAAAGUUCUGACAACAUCUCAACUUCUGAGUUUUCCAUUGGGAAGAAUAAAACUCAUAAAGGCAGUGCUAUUUUUAUUGCGAACAAAGAAUUACACCGAGCACAAAUUUCACUAUGUCCAUUUAGAUAUUAAUCAUAAUAGCUGUUGGAGCAUCAUUUGAGAUAGUAUGAAGUAACAAGGUAAUCAACACAGAAGAAAUAUAUUUUACUGUAAUAUGCAAGCAUUAUAAACAAGAUUAAAGAAUAAACCCAUAAAAGGAUUUAAAACUGUUAAACAAUUAAAGAGGUAAGAUAAAAUUCCAGCAAAAAAAGGUUUGUAUCUGCCCAAAUUAGGUCUAGUCAUAUGAGCCUCAUUACAUCAGUAUCAUAAAUGCGAGGGAUUCUGCAGAUUAAUGAUUAAUCCAGAGUAACACACACCAAGUGCUGGAGGAACUCAGCAGCAUCCAUGGAAAGAAAUAAACGUACGACAUUUUGGGCCAAGAGACUUCAUUGGGACUUGAAAGGAAGGGAGAAGAAGCCAGAAUAAGAAGGUGAGAGGAAGGGGAAGCAGUACAAGCUGGAAGGUGAUGGGUGAAGCCAGGCAAGGUGCUUCGUCCUCAACAGGGAUGAUUUCCCAGUGGCCAACCAUUUUAAUACCUAUUCUAACGUGUUGGUCCAUAGCCUCCUCUCCUGCUAAAAUGAGGCUACUCUUGAGCUGGACAAUCAUAUUCUGCCUGGGUGGUCUCCAUUCUGAUGGCAUGACCUUUGAUUUCUCCAACCUCUGUAAUUUCUGCCUCCUCCACCUCUCUUUUUUCAUUCCCUCUUCUGGUUCCCCUCUUACCUUUUUUCUUCUCCUCACCUGCCUAUCAUCUCCUUCUGGUGGCCCUCUUCCUUCCCUUUCUCCUACGGUCCAAUUUCCUCCUAACAGGUUCCUUCUUCUUCAGUCCUUUUACUUUUUCACUUAUCACCAUCCAGGUUCUGACCUUAUUAAACUCCUUCCCUACCCACCUACUUUCCCCCUCACCUGGCUUGACCAAUCACCUUCCAGCUUGUACUCCCCUCUCCUGCAACCUCCUUAUUCUGUCUUAUUCCCUUUUCCUUUACAGUACUGAUGAAAGGUCUCUGCCUUUCUCCUCUCAGUAGAUGCUGCCUGAUUUGCUGAGUUCCUCCACCAUUAUGUGCAUGCUUAUGCCAGAAUGUACAGAAACUUCCUGAAAUACGCAUCAGUGUUUGAUGUACAAGACUACAUCCUCAGCAUUGUUUAUUCACAUUCAAUUCACCCAAGGAAUGCAUCUACACUCAGUGCCCAUUAUAUUAGGUACUUCCUAUACCUAAUGAAGUCACCACUGAGUAAAUGUUCACAGUCUUCUACUGCUGUAUCCCUUCCACUUCAAGGUUUGACAUGCUGUUACUUCAGAGGUGCUCCUCCGCACUACUCUUGCAAUGCAUAGUAAUUGAGUUACUGUUCAUUUGUACCAUUCUGGCCAGUCUCCUCUGACCUCUCUCAUUAACAAAGCAUUUUCGCCCACGGAACUGGGCUGUUACUGGAUGUUUUCCAUCUCUCAUACCAUUCUCUGUAAACUCUUAAAGAUCGUUUUGUGUGAAAAUUCCAGGAGAUCAGCACUUUCUGAGAUGCUCAAACCACCCAAUAUGACACCAACAAUCAUUCCACAAUCAAAGUCACUUAGAUCACAUUUCUUCCCCAUUCUGAUGUUUAGCCUGAACAACAACUGAACCUCUUGACCAUGCUUUAGUGCAUUGAGUUGCUGUCACAUGAUUGGCUGAUCAGAUAUUUGCAGUAACGAGCAGAUGUACAGGUGUACACCUCAUAAAGUGGCCAAUGAAUGUACAUAUAGAUUAGAUUUCAGGAAAAGAGCAUUUAAAAACUCCAACAUGCACAUACUGCCAGUCAAAUUAAUUUCAAAUAUUGUCAUUCUGAAAGUAAAUUAAAUUAAUACCUUCAUGCUUCAUAUACAUCCAUUUGUGGAAUUUCAAAUUCCUCGAUCCUUCAUACUUCUUCAUUAUAUUUUUGAUUCUUGGGGAAUUCUUAGUUCCGUGUCUUUUUUUAAAAUUUAUAUUACUCUGAUCUUUCCAGAUUUUUAUUACUAGCAUCAUAGAGUACCAUUUUUCAUUUAUCGAUAUUCUGAUGAUGGUAUUUUAAGAUUUGGCAAAGUUUGAAAUCAAUUCCACCGAUAUCUGAAUUUCUAGCUUGGGGAUACAAAGACCUUUAUCCCUAACAUUUAAUUCUAGUAAUACAUCAGCAAUAUUAUCAAGUAAGUGUAACAUUUCUGAUCCUCUUCUUGAUGAAUCAAUAUAAAUUGAUAAAAAUAAUUCAUUGGCUGUAACUGAAAUUAAUCAUUAAUAAAAUCUUGGAAUCGUAAAGGUUUUAAUAUUUAUCAUUUGGGUUGGUUUUGGACCCAAUUUUCUUAAAUCAGAACACUAGUACUGCAUUAGGAAUAAGCUGUUGAUGAAGUAAUCAGGUCAAUUGUUAAUUAGAACAAAUAUAAACAAAGGAAGAAAAGAAAUGCAAAAUAUAGGAAGUGUUAAUCAGAUCCGCCCAGACUGGUGGAGAAAAGCUGAGCCAAUUUUACUGAUGGACAACCAGUUUUGAUACAACAAAACAAGUGGGAUAUCUAAAGCUGUUGAAUUGAGUACUGCUCCUUCUUGUCAGGUUCUCUCUCACUGGAGUUGGUCAUUGCUUGGCAUGUUUGCGGUACAGAUGUUACCUUCCACUUAUCAAACCAUGCCCAGGGGAGCUUGAUCUUGCUGCAUGUAGACAUGCACUGCUUAGCUUGUCAAGACGCGAAUGGAACUGAGCAUUUCACAUUCAUCAGCAGCCUUCCCGGUUUCCAACCUUACGCAAAAAGGAAGAUCAUUGGUAGAAUAGACAGAAGCGAUGUGUAUUUUUGUUUUAAAUGGUGAGAAAUUGGGAAACAUCAGUGUUGAAAGGGUGUCCUCAAGGAUUAGUCAGUGAAACCUAACUUUCCAGUGCAGCAUCUAUUUAGGAAUGUAAACGGUAAACUGAGCAUCAUUACUAGAGGUUCGCAUUCCAGUUAUGUAGGGUGCUGGUGACAUCAUGUCUUGAGUAAUGUACAUAUACAAUUUUGAUCUGCUUAUCUGUGUUGUCAGUACCUGAAUAAGUGGUUGGACUGGUAAAUCUAGUGAAGAUGAGUCUUAGAUUUCACUCCCUUCAGGCCAGCUUGCAUUUCUCAGCUGCCUGAAAGAAGAGAAACACAAGUUAAGGCUACAUGCAAGAAGAUUGUGGAUUCGAGGAGAUUAUAAGAUAAGGGACAAGGAGGACAUGAGAUAAAGGAUGAGAAUGAGGAUGCCGGUAUCUUUAAUAGUUUCAGUCACUCCUUAACACCCUACAUCACCUCCCUCUGCCCACCCAUAGACUCAGUCAUGACUCCUCAAGUUAUAACACUGUGCUGUGCAUUCCCUAGGAGUAAGGUAGUGGCAGAUCGUCUAUCCCCUAGUUCACUGAUACUGCAGGAAAUCAUUGUCCUGUGAUAGCAGCAAGUGUGACAAUACCAUACAAUCUGUUUGGAUGAUUUACCUGUCAUGACUGAGGGAAUGACUGGCAAUGAAACGUGGGAACAGUAAGAGAAGUAUGCAGGGGUGUAGAGUGGAACAUGGAUGUUGGAGACAUGAGACAUAUUGAUUGAUUGAUGUUGGUAGAGGUAGGUGAUGAGGAUGGGUGCAUUUGGCAGUAGAUGCGAGUCUCAUUAUGCAGUUGGUGGGUUGUAGCAUUUGAAGGGGGCAUGCCUGGCCUUGGCGACUCAAGUGAGGUUAUUGACUGAUAUGCACCACUACAACCAGAUCCUCAGUGCUUGGUUUUAGGAUGAAAGUCCUAAUUCUCCCAAAGUGACUGCCUAAAGAACCACCUGCCCUUUUGACCACGUGACAAGAGUACAGCAUUAGAAAAAGAUAGAACGAUCUGCUCUUUUGACCAUGUGACAAGAGUACAGCAUUAGAAAAAGAUAGAACGAUCUGCUCUUUUGACCAUGUGACAAGAGUACAGCAUUGGAAGAAGAUAGAACCCUUUUUCAUGUUUUCUCUGGCUGCUUGAACGAUUCCCUUUUGUCAACACUUUUAUCCCCUCAAUUCUGAAACCGUACAUAAUCUUGGUUAAUCUCUUUAAACUCUUGAACAGGAGUCUAUCAAGUAUUGUUCAGCAAUCAAUAAAGAAAACAUCAAUUGUUGGCAUAUGUCCACUGUACUAAAAAAAAGAAAGCAGGUAUGGCACAACAUUACAAUUCAAAAAAUCCAUGCUGGCUUUUAUAAUUUAGUUGGUACUUAUUACUGCGUGCUUGAUAAUUGAUUCAGAAACUUUCAUUGAUAAUGUUUAACUUGCAAAUUUGAAGUUACAUAGAUUCUCACUCCUCCUCCAUAUCUUGGAAUAACCAAACCCUGUAUUCAGCAUGAAUAAUAAUUUACAUUUACAAAAUACCUUUAAUAUAGUAAAAUAUCUCUGAAUGUUUUGUAAGUGUGUUAUCAGGAAAAAUGUGACACUAACAUGAGAGAAUGAAUACGAUAAAAUUUGAUUAAAAAAGCAGGUUUUAAAAACUUCUAACAUCUUAAAGCAGGGGAGGGGAAAACUAAUGAUGUAGAAAGCCCUAGGGAAGAAAUUCCGGUUUUGGCAGCUAGACAAAUGAAAUGCAGACAUCAGUAGCUAUUAAGGGAAAGUGUCAGCACAGAGGACUUCAAAGUAAAGGAUGAGAACAUUAAACUUGAAACGUUUAACCGGGAGCUAAGCAAGGGUUAGUAAGCAUGGUGAAGUCUCACUUCAGCAGCAAACAAUAGAAUUUCGAACAGUGUAGCACGGGAACAGGCUCUUCAUUCUAUAAUUUCUGAGCAGAUCAUGACACUAAGUUAAACUAAACCAAUGUGACUGCAUGUGAACCCUAUCUCUCCAUUCACUACAGUGAGCAAAAACGCAGAAUGCUGGAAGAACUCAAUGGGUCAAGCAGCAUUUGUGGAGGCAUAAGGUGCAAGUGAAUCUUUCAGGUUGAGACCCUGUGUCAGGGCUGAGAGGAAGGAUUGCCAGUAUAUGGCAGUACAGGAUGGGUGGAGCAGAAAGGUGGGAUAGAGAGUGGUAGAUGAUAAGUGCAAAUAAAUGGAAAGCCAAUAAUAAGCUGAUUGAUCCACUGGUUAGAAUGGAGGGGAAUGAGUGAACAAAGGGGGAUGAAAACUACAUGGGCUGGUGAGUGCGUAUGGGAGCAGAACACUGGCAGUGUGGUUACCUGAAAAAAGAAAAAACAGUGCUAAUGCCAUUGUUGUUCUUCUAACUUACAUUUUCCCUCUCUGUAGCAAUGGAAAACAUAGAACAUAGAAAUCUACAGCACAUUACAGACCUUUCAGCCCACGAAACUGCCUAGAAUUUUGCAACCACAUAGCCCUCUAUUUUUCUAAGCUCCAUGUACCUAUCUAAAAGUAUAGAACAUAGAAGUCUGAGGACACACAGUUUGGGGUGGGAAUGGGAAGGAGAGUUAAAAUGAUAUGCACUCAGAGUGUCCGGUGGCCACUGCAGACAGACUGCAAUGCGCUCUGCAAAAUGGUUGCCAAGUCUACAUUUGGUUUAACCAAUGUUCAGGAGGCCAAAUCACAAAUACCAAAUGCAGGAGAAAUACAGGUUGGAAAAGGUGAAGUUGUCCUCUGUCACCCCUGGAAGGUCCCAGAAUGAUAGUGAUGGAGAAGGUGAAGGGACAAUUAUGAGUGAAGCAACCAAUAGUGAUAGUGGUUACUCUGUAGUUGGCUGUAUGAUCCAUGCAGAGCAAUCUUAGCACUCAAAUAUUAUCAAAUUACUUCACUCUAUAUAAGAUUUUAGGAUGCCUAAUAAAUUGACGACAAAUUGUAGGUCAUCCAAAGUUGGCCAAAUUGUGAAAAUCUGCCUUUAUUGUAUCCAUCUCAUAAAAUGUUAUUAGAAUUGUUGACUGGAUAUCUAUGAAUCAAGCACAUUCAAGAAAAAGUUGCCAACAUCAAGGUCUGAUUUAAAAAAGCACGACAAUGGGCAGAUUCACCAUUUAAUCAUGUUAUGGUGCCAUUAUUCAGUGACCAGUUAGAUGAGAGUGUGAGUACUUAAAGGUCUUCAGAUCAGUCUUAAAAUGGAUUCAUUCAUCAUAUAUCAGUUACACAAUUGGUGUUUACACUUCCGAGAGAUAAGAAAGAAAGAAAAUAUUGAAAACUGAGUAAAACUAGCAAAUAAUGAUAGAAAUUAUCUCUCAGCAGUUUCUAAAUGCUACAGUUUCAUAUAGAGCAAAAAUGGUCAAAAUAUGUUAGAGUGUUGAAGCUUCCAAUUGUAUCGCAAUGUCCCAGACAAUCCUCCCCAUGUGACAGUUGCUAUCUCUAGUUCACCUCUGCACAGGUGUCUGUCUGCAUUUCACUUUCUGAUAAUCUUUUUCCCUGAGGCCAUCAUGCAUUGACUGCAUCACCAGCAUGUCUGCAUUUUCACUGUCUCCCAUACACAAACAUACAUAAACGUAAAUGCAUUUCAGUAUCAAGAAUUAUCAGUACUUUUUGUUGACAGCUUUGAGACAAAUACACACACAUAUAUUCAUUAUCUCAUCACUAUUUUUAAGAAAGUUAUUUUGGAAGUCAUUUUCCUAUCUAAAUUCCAAUAAUUUCACUGUCCUAUGGUAGAAAUUUAGCAAAGCAAAUACUUACUGCUUCUCUCGCCCAUUCUAUUGUUUGUAUGAACAUGAAUAAUGAUAUAAAGUUUCUAAUAAAAGAAGAAAUAAUAAGCUUCACAAAAAUAUAUUGAAAUGCAUUUUUGAUAAAUUAAUCCCUGCUCUGUUCUUUAAAAGAUUUUAAAUUACUUUAGCUAAACUAAUGGGACUUUACACAAACUUUUCUAAACAUUUCUGAAGUAUUAUGCAAGAUGGUAGUAAUAAUAAUAAUAAUAAUAAUAAUAAUAAUCAUAAUGAUCAAAUGCCUGGCUCAGAAUUGGAGACCUCUUCCCAGAAACAAAGGGGUUUGUUAUAUCAAUACAGGACCAGGUGGUUAACAUAUACAGACAUAUGUACUAGACUAAACAGUAUUCGUAUACUGUUUUAUUGUUUCUUUGUAGUAAUUUUAUUAUAUGUAAACUUCACAAUGUUUGAAGUGAAGUCAUUCUCACAAUUUAUCAUGCAUGGGCAAUACCAUUAUCCUAAGAUUUGAACUAAAUUUUAAAAUAUUACUGCAAUUGAACCAUCCAGUGCUUAUCCCACAGAUGUAUAGACAUAUUAUGGAAGAGUCAAGAAUGAAUGAUUUCAGUGUGACCCAGUGUUUCUUUGGCCAAACUAUCUUCUAGCAGGUCUAUUACUCCUUCUUUAACUUUUUGCCUUGUAAUUUUUACUAUAUUGAAUUCCAGUUCUCAUAUUCUUAUAUUUAUUGAACACUCCAGAUUAGCAUAUGUCCCAAUGAUUUUUUUCAAUGUUUGACAUAGAUGCCUUUCAAUAUUGGAUAGUUUACUACGUAUUUUUUUCUAAAAGAUUAUUUUUGUAUAUGCCUGGUCAAUUUGACACAGCAUAAUGCCAUGCAUUAUAUUUGAUUACUGAAGCUAGAAGCUGAACAGUGCAUUUUAUACUGGCCUAUAUGUUAAAUAUAUAUGAUUGUCUUGUAAGUACAGCGACCUACUUAAAAGGGUUUAUAUUGUCGGUAAUUCACAUUUGGUCCAACUGUCCAGAACAUUUUUCAGUUGAGCUAUUUUUUAAUUUUAGAACAAAGGUACAUAGACCUGUUGCACCUUUUAAAGAAGGUAAUGAUUAAGAUCAAGAAAUCAUAGAUAUUGAGAUAUUGUUACUUGCAACAAAUCAGCUUAUAUGGGUCAACAAAAUUAAUUUCUGUUCAUUAGGCACUUUUCAUAAUGAAAGAGAAAAAAGCUCAUCUCCGUGAAUUAUAUUUUGGGAUUUCACAGCCCAUGGUGUGUGGAAAAGGGUAGAACCAGGAUCGGUGCUUAGAGUGGGCAAAUGGUAUUUAGUAGAACAGGAAAAUUGCCUUCUCCUGCUGUCUCUCUCAGUGAUGAUGUUUAACAUGAAGAAUAUUAAAGGUCUCAUGAGUGGAAAUGAAAUCAACACAGUCCCCCCCCCCCAGAUGUGCCACAUAUUGAUUUGAAUGAAUGAUGUAGUUCAACCCAAGAAAGAAUUGAAAAAGCUUUAUUUCAUUUCCAUAUAACCCAAAGAUUACAUGCAUACAUUCUUUUCUGCAAUAAAUUGUCGUUUAUAUAAUUUUGAUCUUCUGUGUCAGCUGAUUUUUUAACAUUGUCUGUUCAAUGGAUCUUGCACAGAUUUCCAGUCAUAAAUUCCUAAGCAUUUAAAACCCAAGGAAAAAUUAAGGAAUUGGACAUAAUGUUUAUUAAAUGUCUGUAUCCCUUUACAUUCUCAAUAUUUGCACUUUCUAAAAGACUCUAAAUGUGAUUGUACUUUAACAGAAAAUAAUCCUGUCCAGUCCAGAGUGAAUAUAUGAUCAGCUUCCACAGAAGGAACUAUCAUAACAUGGUUUGAAACUUAUUACUAAAAUGGUAACUUUCACCAGUUUCAUGGACUAUUCACAUAAUUUUAUUAAUGUCAGAUCCAUUCUGAAUAACCAUUUUAAUAUAAUGAUCUUGAAGAAAAGAUAAUGAUGUGGAGCUAUUUUGUUUAUUUGAAAUUCAAAAUUUCAUUCCAGUUGUAUUACAUUAAACAUUUUU